GGUGGAGGCUCCUCUGGAGCCAAUCGCAGGGUGGAUGCGAAGUGGGAGGGCGGUGCGCACGAGCCACGCUUCCUUCCAUAAAUGAAGUAAAAACUGUGCAGCUUCCCCGCAUCGCGCUCAUACACACAUCUUAAUAUUAAAUCUUCGCUGGAAGACGCCUGAGAAGCCAUCAUGUCUGACAAGAAGGCCGUGAUAAAGAACGCAGACAUGUCUGAUGAAAUGCAGCAGGACGCUGUGGACUGUGCCAUGCAGGCCAUGGAGAAGUACAACAUCGAGAAGGACAUCGCCGCCUUUGUCAAAAAGGAGUUCGACAAGAAGUACAACCCCACAUGGCACUGCAUCGUCGGGAGGAACUUCGGCAGCUACGUGACGCACGAGACGAAGCAUUUCAUCUACUUCUACCUGGGUCAAGUGGCCAUUCUACUGUUCAAGUCAGGCUGAGACACCCCCCCCCACCCACCCCUCCCCGAAACUACUUUUAGUCCAGCUGUAAAUGCAUCUGUGCCACCGCCUCUCCAUGAUUUACUGCUUUCUUAGGUUGUUACUUUCUGCCACCUGCAACGCCACGUCCAGCUUUGGGUGGUGUGUCGAUCAUGCCUGGACUGGUGACGUGCCAUUCAUAGAAAACGCCAAUGUAGAACUACUCAUGCCAACAUUUGCACAUCUGUCAGAAUAGUUAUUAUUAUUAUUAUUAUUAUUAGUAUUAUUAUCAUGGCUCCUGAUUUCCAGAUAUUUCUGCUGUGUGGCGAUGCGGAUCCUGUACAUUAUUUCAUAUGUUGUGUAAUAACUUAAUUUCAUUGAAUUAAAUCAGAGCAACAGAGUUUUCGUUGAAAUGCCUUUAAUUUCCAGUGUCAGCUGAUAAAAGAAUGGGAAAGCCGAGACUGUUGCUUGACACUUAAUAAAGAAUGUUACAUGCUGAGAGAUUUAGGGUUUUGUACAUGCUUGAACAUUCCUGUUUACACUUGAGUUGUGAAUAUUUUACGAUGUUGCUGCUGUAUAUCUCUGGAAUGUAAUUGAGUGUGCGGUCUGGUAUUGUUUUCAACAUGUCAAGCACAAAACAACUUUGAGACAGUAAAUUGGUUCGAAAUGUGCACUGUA